AUGGGUCGCAAACCCAACGCUCUCAUCUUGGAGUUUUUCACUCGAGGCGCAAAGCUCGAGGACUCCAGCAACCGAUACCAUCACACUUGCAAAGCAUGUGGUGAAGAGUUCCCCAAGGGACGUAUCGAUAGCUUGACCAACCAUCUCGUCAAGAAGUGUCAGGCAAUUUCUCUGCGUGAUCGUAAGCGUGUGUUGCUCCGACUUCACGACCUCGACCCAUCUGAGGUUGACGGAGAGUCUGAUAAAGGAAAAUCUGAUUCUGGGUUUCCUAACCCCAACGGCCCUAACUUUGACGGCUUGAACGUCUUGGCUGAGGCUUCUCGUCAAGUGGGUGCUUCGGACACCACCAAGCGCGGAUACCAGUCUGUCACAUCUGGUGGCAAAAUGGUUGUCGUUGACCCAUCUCUUGAGGAAGGCUAUCAAGGCCAGACCCAGCAGGGCUCUCCUAAUGGAUCGCCUCAUCACUCCAUCCCAGCUCUGCCUAGCCACACUUCCGGUGACCAUAACUCCAUGUCUCCUACUAUGGUCCACCAGUCUAUGUCUCCUGAAUCUGCUGCAAAUGGUCUGCAGUCUCAAUCGCUAUCUUUGAUUGCAGCUUCUGCUAAUGAGAUGGUCCCCCAAGGUCUUGUGGAUGGAGAACAUGACGUAAAGAUGUCCUGGAACCCCCAUCUGACUGAGAAUGAGCAAAUUCUGUUGCGCAGCUUGCAAGAGCAUGACCCUACCCUUACUGCCACCACACAGCGUGCUGCAGCAUUCCCGCGUCCGAUUGCCAUGAACCCUAACACACAGGCCAAGGGAUUUGUGAAUGAGUUUGGUAACUCAACAAAGCCUGCCAAGCCCAAGGUGCGUGGUCGCUUCACUGCAGAACGCCGCCGUGAGGUCCAAGAAGUUCGAAAGCAGGGUGCAUGCAUUCGUUGCCGCAUGCUCAAGAAGCCAUGUUCCGGUGAUACUCCUUGCACUACUUGUGCAAGUGUGGAGAGUGCUCGUUUGUGGAAGCAACCUUGCAUCCGGACUCGUCUCGCUGAGGAGUUUGACCUUUAUAAUGCUAACCUUCACACAACUCUCGCUUAUCAUGAUAUCAGUGCUAUCAAGAGCCAAAUCAAGUUUGAGCAUUAUGGUGGCCGCAUUGAUGUGACGCACGCUGAGGAGAGUGGGGUGAUGUUUAUGACUGCCACCGGCUUGCAGGGCCACCGUACCUCAAAUUCAGCGCUUGAUCCGCAGCUCCAGGCCAUUGGUGACCAGCAGUUCUCAGGACAGUCCCAAGAGAUUUACCUGCUGGACACUGACGCUGAAGAUGUCACCGGCAAGCUUGAGAUUUAUCUGAAAAAGUCGACUUCAAUGUUUAUCGACCGUGAGACUUCUCCUCUCAUUAAGCCUACCAUGUUGAUGGCCGCAGAGCUUCUGCAGGAGAAGAAGGAUCCCCUUCUUGAGCGCGCUAUAGAGCUGUGGGUUGCUACCCAUAUCCUUGUCAACACCGAUAUCAGCUGGAAGGCCUUUAUCAACCCCAAUUACCCUCCCACCUCUAUGCAUUUGACCCAGCCCAACGAAGAGGGUCGCAUUCCGAUUAAAGACCCAGAGUCGGUAGCAUUAUUGUGUUGCCAGCUCCGUGCUGCUGUGGAGAAGCGCGCUAUGGCCUUGAGUAAAUCUGUGAUUAAUGACUUGGAGCGACGCCUGUUGCAGCGCCAGAAGUCUGGCUGGUUUGAGACUUUCAUGAUCGCCAUCGUCCUGCUCAACGCAGUCGAGCGUACCACCUGGCUGUACCGCUCCUGGGACAACGAGUCAUUUGUUCAGCGCGUAAGUGAUACUCCAUUCAUUGUGGCCUCUGGACAAACGCCCUCCGUUUUAUUACAAUCAGUCUCAACGCUUUGCCGAUAUCCUGGAGAUGUUGUUGCGCAUGCGGAGCCUUCCCCCAAGACCACUGUUCGCCCUGAAACUGGCACUCUACGUAUGAUUGAUGGCAGUGAAGAGCACGCCACCAAGUGGCUCGACUUGAUCCAGGUUACUCCAUUCUUUAUCGAACAACGCAUGAGUACUGCCUUCGAUCCAAAUGAUACACGUUCUCUUGACUUCGUGCACAUUGCUCGGCUUCUUAUGCCGCCUGCCUAA